GAGGGGGGGUGAAUCGAAUCUGGAAUGCACGAACCGUAAUUCUCUUUUGACUCGCGAUCGAAAAAGUUGAUCUUGUCCGGCGGGAUUAGUUAUAAACGAAUUAUAAAGCUGUGCUGUUAAUUGCCAAAGAAAAUACGAGCUCCGUGAUCAGAGAUCUCUCUACUUUAAACCAUAAAUUCCAACUCGACACUCGAAAUUCGCUCAGUGUGUUUGUGCCAACGUCAGAAGGCCAGAAGAGUUGUAUUUAUUUUUUUUUUAUGUUUCUGUUAUUUGCUACCUGUUAGAGCCAAUAAUAUUAGUGCGUGAUACCAAUUUUGAAUUUCAAGCAAAAUGCUAUUCGAAAGUAUUUAAAAAACAAUCGUUUGAGAAUUUAUUAAAAACAGAGAACAGAGCGGUCUACAAAACGAGUUCGGCAUGGACACGGACAUGAUGGACCUGAGCACGGACAUGCCAAUGGACGCCCCAGCGGCCACGCAGUCCAUUUACCCGCAUUCCGCGACCCUAUUCGCCGCGAUCAGUGCCUGUGUCUUUGUUACGGUUGGCGUUCUGGGUAACCUGAUCACGUUGCUGGCGCUGUUGAAGAGCCCCACGAUACGGGAGCACGCCACCACCGCCUUUGUCAUAUCCCUGAGUAUCUCGGACCUGCUCUUCUGCUCCUUCAGCCUCCCCCUGACGGCGGUGCGAUUCUUUCAGGAGAGCUGGACCUUCGGCAGUACAUUGUGCAAGAUCUUUCCGGUAAUCUUCUAUGGCAACGUGGCCGUCUCCCUGCUCAGUAUGGUGGGCAUCACUCUGAAUAGAUACAUACUCAUCGCUUGCCACAGCCGCUACUCGCAAAUCUACAAGCCCAAGUUCAUCACCCUGCAGCUGCUCUUCGUGUGGGCCGUCUCCUUUCUGCUCCUGCUGCCGCCCAUUCUGGGUAUCUGGGGCGAGAUGGGACUCGAUGAGGCCACCUUCUCCUGCACGAUCCUCAAGAAGGAGGGCAAGUCCAUCAAGAAGACACUCUUCCUAAUCGGUUUCCUGCUGCCCUGCCUGGUGAUCAUCGUUUCGUACUCCUGCAUCUACAUCACGGUGCUGCACCAGAAGAAGAAAAUCCGCAGCCACGACAACUUCCAGAUCGGCGCCAGCGGAGCGGGCAAGGCUGGCUCCCCCGGCGCUGGGGGAUCCUAUGUGACCACCACUUGCCCGCGAAAGGCGCGCGAGGACAACCGACUGACCGUGAUGAUGGUCACCAUCUUCCUGUGCUUCCUCGUCUGCUUCCUGCCGCUCAUGCUGGCCAAUGUGGUGGACGACGAACGCAAUACAUCGUAUCCCUGGCUGCACAUCAUCGCCUCGGUAAUGGCCUGGGCCUCCAGUGUCAUCAACCCGAUCAUCUAUGCAGCCAGUAACCGGAAUUACAGAGUGGCCUACUAUAAGAUCUUUGCGCUGCUCAAGUUCUGGGGGGAGCCGUUGUCCCCGAUGCCAAGUAGAAACUAUCACCAAAGCAAGAACUCCAAGGAGCUGUCGGGCGUCAUCCGGAGCACGCCGCUCUUCCACGCUGUGCAGAAGAAUAGUAUUAACCAAAUGUGCCAAACAUAUUCAGUAUGAUUCGAGUCGAUUUAUAGUUCAGAUUUGAUUCUUUGUAUUAGAGCUUGUAAUUCAUAUAUUAAUUAAUUACUUAUUACAUUUUAAUUUAUGCAUUUGUGGAGAGCCUCCAUCAAAGACAAACGAAAUAAAUACAUUAAAUUUAUGUAGACCAAUUGAGAAAGAAUAA